AUGGAUGGGAUAAGUAAGGGCGAGGAAGUUCUACGGAUGUUAGCAGAUGAUCUUUUAGAUCUAGAAUCAUUAGCAGAACAGGAAGCCUUGGACAUUUUAGAAAGUAAGCGUGAAAUCGAGCUCGUCGGUGGCGAUGUGCAAAUGACAGAUGUAAACAAACAGCGUUUUGCGACUGUUGAAGAUGGUGACACGGACACUUUUAUUGGAGAAAAUAAAACUAAAAACACAUCAUACAAAACAAGAAGUGAUUUGAAAAUAUUUAGCGACUGGGCUCAAAGUGUUGGAGAACUUAGGCCUGUGGAGACCAUCCCGAUGGAAGAACUUGACAGUUUGUUGGCAAGAUUCUACUUGGAUAAAAAACGAUUUUAUCCUACACGGAAACAUGGAAAUAUUCUUUUAUACACUUAUCAUUCAUGCUUUUUUUCAGCUGUACGUAAACGUGACGGCUCGGAGUAUGAGCCCGACACAAUAAGUGCGAUUCAGAAUAGCCUUGACAGACAUUUGAAAGAGAACAAGGUCAAGUUCAGCAUCAAAAGAGACGAGGGUUUUAGUCAUUCUAAUCGUGUCCUAGAGUCGAAGAGAAAGAGUCUUAAAUCACAGGGGAAGGGAAACAAAAAACUCCGUGCUGAUCCAUUAACCGCCGAGGAGAUAGAAAUGCUACAUAAGCAGAACAUUCUUGGAAGUGCUACACCAGAGAGUCUCCUUCAUACAGUAUGGAUAAACAAUGGUGUCUUUUUUGGUCUGCGUGGGCGUCAGGACCAUACCAAUCUACUCUGGGGAGACAUUGAACUAAAAGUAACCAGUACUGGCAGAGAGUACCUAGAGUUACUUGUUCUAAAAUUCCAUAUUGCUUUUUAA